UUUCCGACGCAGUGUAGUACUGUGACGAAAUUAUUUUAUCAGCGCCACUGAUACCGAGUUAGAAAAUUCACAUGAAUAUGCGUAGGCACUUCCUCUAACUUCAUCACAAUAUUUCAAACGUUUCGACUGCAAUCCCUAAUCACUACGUAAUUCUUUACCCGAAUACAAACAUUAUUCUCCAUCAAACAUGGCCAUGUGGUUGGUGAAAUUUGUACUUUUCUGCACAUUUUUUGCCGAAAUUUUUACCUGCGAGGAAGACACAUUUCAAGUUGUAACUCCAAUACAGCGUCCAUACUGGAAAUAUUAUCCAAACCGAGGUAAUGUGUGGGUGACCACCCAAAACGUAACUCACAAUGUUACAAUAAUUUGUAAAAACGUCAGUUCAAUUAGACACAUUGUUUACAACUACAGCGAAAAACCCUACAACCAAACUUUGAAAAUCGUCAAUUCUACAGUUUCUGCAAUACGCCCAAACGAACUCUCCAGUUUUUCAACAAUAAUCGCACUUCACCUCAAGAAUCUUCAAAUUGAAAGUAUCUUGCCAGGAGCGUUCAAUGGUCUCACCAGACUUAAAGAACUGUACCUCAAUGAUAACAAAUUAUUAGAGAUUGUCAACGGUGUUUUGAAUUCGUUGCACCGUCUAGAAGUUCUGGAUCUACGCAACAAUCAAAUUUGGAGAUUUGACACACAUUCUUUAAUGGGAGCUGCCAACUUAAGAAAUCUGUUCUUGAACCAAAACAAUUUGUCCGUGAUCGAGGAUGGAGUGUUCGAAAAUUUGUCUCACUUGACGUACGUAGACGUGUCAGAAAAUCCUUUAGAAAAAUUCCCAUUUAAUGAUUUGACGAGCGUCAAAACGUUAAUUGUGGCAAAAACGGAACUCACAACUAUGGAAAACGAUUUUUCCAAUUUGACAAUGAAAUUGUUGAAUGUGUCACACAACCAAAUACAGCAGGUUGACUUUUCAUACUUGCCAACACUCGAAAUAAUAGAUAUUUCUAACAACGAAAUAACGACCGUCGAAAAUGGUAAAAAUUUUGACGCUGUGGAAGUAAAAUUGGAUCACAACAAAAUUGCAAACAUCGAUGGAAUUUUUAAACGUGUAACUCAAUUAUCAAUAAGUCACAAUGAGCUUGAGGAACUUGAAGUGAUGUUCAACGGCAGCGAAACCCUGAUUUACCUUGAUUUUAGUUACAACAGAAUUUCAAAAAUUGAUAAAACGUUCUUCCACGGUAUGAAAAAUUUAAAAAGUUUGUAUUUACAAAGUAACAAAAUAAGUGAUAUUGACACAGUUUUAUUUAGAGAUUUAUCAAAUUUAGCAAUUUUGGACUUGUCUCAAAACCAGAUUAAACAAUUUCAAUAUGGAGCUUUGGACAGUAUGGUGAACCUUGCAACCUUGAACAUUUCUAGUAACAAAUUAUUGGAUUUGCACCAGUAUACAUUUAACUCUCUCAACAGUCUCAGCGGGUUGUACUUUGACAACAAUCGGAUUUCCUCUUUUGACGUAACCGACCUUUCUACUCACCUUCCUCGAUUACGGACUAUUUCUCUCAACCACAACGCGUGGAGUUGCAGAGAUUUAGUAAAAAUACAGCAGGUGUGUCAAAAACACCGAAUAAACAUCCUUCCAGGACUCUCCUACGAAGUGGAAAAUUUUCGGGGAAUUGCGUGUUCUAAUUCAAACGAGUUUGUUCCUGACAGUAAUGUUUCUAUUGUAUCCGCCAAAGAAGUUGCUCAAAAUAUUCAGAAAGGGAUUGACAUUGGAAUGGAAAAUUCGAAAAUGGAACGAUUUUUUAACGACGAAUUUGGCCAGUCGAAACUUGUGCAAUAUUUUGACAAAGAUUACAGUCAAAGCAGUUUCUUCAAGUUUCUUAAUAAUUAUAAGUUUACAAUUGUAACACAACAUUUGAAUGAUACCAGUGUGGGGAAGUUUACAGAGCUCCAGGUAAAUCCAUCUGAAACUAAUGACAAAAUUCUAAUUUUUGGAGUUGUGCUUCUAUCGAUUGUGGUAGUUUUAUUGAUACUGAUGUUUUGUAUGGUUUCUAAUUACAUAUAUAAAUUGAAAUUUCACAGUUCAUCUCAAAUGGAGUUAUGUUAAAGACGUUAUUCAUUGCAUUGUCAUGGACUAUUACACUACGAUCUGUAAUUAUUGUAAAUAUACAAGAUGUUCCAUUGGGUUACACACUCAAGUUAUAUAUUUUUGAAUGGAACACCUAUUAUAUAUAUAUACAGAUGUAGAUUAUUUAUUAGAAAAGAUGAAAGAAUGCUUUGAUUACCAGUGAGCGUAAGCUAAGAAAUUGUUGAAAUAGGAUCCAUCCGACGAAUGACUACUUUCAUGUUUUCUCGACGUUGCAUGUAUCUUGUCUGUGUUAAUUUUUAUUAGACGUUAUCUCCGAAAUUUAAAAUAGUAAAUGUUAUUUAAAUUUCAUAAAAUAAGAUACUCCUGUACUUGUGCUUUAUGAAUCUCUUUUGAGUUUUACCUAGACAUACAGAAAAAAAAUAAAACAAAACUUAAUAAGAAGAUUUUGCAAUUUAACUUAGAAAGAACAAAAACAAAUGCUCUGAAAUAAAGUAAAUUAAAUAAUUAAUAAUUUUUCUUGUCUCUCCCCAAAAGUAAUGAUUAAACCAUUCGCAAAACCAAAUUUUAUAACUUUACUAAAUGUACUGUGCUUCUAAGGCCAGGCAAGCUUUAUCUAAAUAACCUUCGACUAAUUUUUUUGUUCAAAUUUCUUUAACGACAUUUUCUUAAAUGAGUUCAUUAUAAACCACCCUGGUAAAAAGCAAAAACUGUGAUUAGUGAUUUAUAUUGUCGACGAUAACCUUAUAGCGAUAGCUUAAAAAUAAAAGAAAUUUGAAGCAGUUUCUUCGUAUAUCUCAACUGAAACAAAAUUCCGUAGUUCCUUGCAGCACGUGAUAGACUUAUCAAUAAACUGAUAGCAGAAACCCCACUGCACUGGUGUUUACGAUGCUUUGUUUUUAAUAUUCUACAUAUCUACAUGUACAUAAGUCAUAAAUAUCUACAUUAGCGCUUCAAUUGUGCUAUCAAAACUGUUUCUGAAACUAUAAUCAGUCUGGUUUAUUACUGGUUAACUACUGAUAUAUUUAAAUGAAUUGCUGUAUAAA